CUGAUCACAAAUGUUCCAACCAUCAAGCUAUUAAGUCAUCGUGUUUCGGCAGAUUCAUUCCAUUGUAUAGAGAAUUAAUGUAUCUUUAUCAACCCAACUAAUAUAUUUUCUGGAUAAGUUAAGUUUCUUAUAAUAACAGAUGAUGCCAUCUUCGUUCAACUCAUUGUUUGCCUUCAUAUCCUGGACACUUACAUCGUUCUUGUGUCAUUGGACAGCAAAACGAUUUCUAAAAACAUGGGAUGCGGUUAUACAGGGUGACACAUUAAUAGCCUCAUCAACAUUAACCUUGUUACAAUGUUUUACAUGUAUCGUUUUGGUGGAUAUACAAUCAACGAUUGGAGUGGAGAAUUCCUCAAAACUGGUCUCCUGUGUAAAGAUUGUUGCUCAUAUUUUGGCAACAUUUUGCACCAAUUAUAGUAUGACGUUCAUGAAUGCUGCUUCAACGUUCACAAUUAAAUUACUAGAACCAAUCACAUCCGCUGUUGCUCAAAGUCUGUUCCAGAAAAUUUCGAUACCGCCAUCUUCUCUGAUUAGUCUACCAAUUAUUGUUUACGGGGCAUUGUUGUUUACCGGUAGUCCGUUGGGCGGCAUUGAAAUAUCUUCUGGAACUUUGUUAGCUUUCAUGUCUAAUAUAAUUCUAGCAGCAAGAAACAUAGCCAUUUCAACAGAACACAAAACGAAAUCUAAUAGUAGUUUAAGGAAACCGAAAGCGAUUCUUGUCUUCGUUGCCUUCACGAUUACUUUCUUAAUUACAGUAGACAUUACCGAAGGAAGGGGAGCUUUUGCUAAAGGCACAACUUUAAUGUUGGUUCUAGUAUUUGGGUCAGGAAUAUUCCAUGUCAUGUAUUCAUAUAUUAGUACCAAUAUUGUACUAAAGACUAUGACGGUGUUUAAUCAUUCUAUUUUAAAUAUCUGUAAGAGACUGUUGGUUGUUGUACUGCUAUAUGCUGUAGGAAGUCGCAGAGCUUCUGGUGCUAACUGGCUGGGUUUGUUGAUGUGUACCGUGGGACUUGCGAUUCAUGCUCUUAGAAAAUAUACCACGAGUGUCCCCGACAUCAGAUGCAUGUCAAGUAGCACAAAAAGUCGUAUGAAGACGAUGGUAUACAUCAUGUUACCUUUGGUGAUAGUUGGCGUCACAGCUGUUUCAUCUGAUUUAAAUGGCGAAGGGCAUGGUGAGGGGUAUGCAGUGCCCUUAUUCAACAAAACCCACUAUGAUAAAUAUUCGCCCUUUUUGACAACAAGGGAUGAAAUAAUAAAGGAGACACAAAGAAUACACCAUGAACUUUUUGCCGAGUUGUUGAAACCUUAUAAAAACGUAAUGCUCCUUGAUAUUGCCUUGCAUGAAAAUAAAGGGGAUCCGGCUAUUACCAUUGGUGAAAUGAUACUAUUACAAAAAUUGAAUAAAACAUUAGUUUAUUACUGUGAUUACAACAUGUGCGUACGAAACAACUUGGUAAAAGCAUCGUCGAUUGUUAAAAACUAUACUCGUCAAAAUCUCGUAAUUCUAUUACAUGGUGGAGGAAAUCUCGUAGGGUGGGUUAUUAAUGAUCAUCUCAGAGAGAAAAUAUUUAAUGUGUUUCGGGGAUUUAAUUUCUUACUGUUUCCUCAGAGUAUUUUUAUGUCUGGUGGAGAAAGACACCUCCGAUAUUGUGAAAAUCUGUACAAAAAAGAAACUAAUUUAACCAUGAUUCUUAGAGACAGACACUCUUUAGAACUUGCUCAAAAACAUUUUACCGGACAACCCAAACUUAUCAUAGCACCAGACAUGGCUUUUCAAAUUGGUCCAGUUCAACGAUUUUUAAAACCAUUUUAUGACAUUUUAUGGAUUCGCAGAACAGAUCAAGAAAAGGUUACGGAUGAAAUACCAAAACUGCCGACUGAUAUCACAAUCCGAAUUGAUGAUUGGUUACGUUGGCCAACGCCUCAUAGUAAUAUGAAAAUAGAAAACGCUUAUCUUAUAGAAAAUAAUGGACUGGUAUUCUUACAGAGGGGGAGGGUGGUUAUUACCGAUCGUCUUCAUGGUCAUAUCUUAAGUACUUUAUUGGAUAUUCCCCACGUGAUUCUAAAUAACAAGUGGAAUAAAGUUAGUAAUUAUCAUAAUACUUGGACUAAAAGUCUAAAAAAUACGCGAGUAGCCAAUAACGCAUCUCAUGCUGUUGAUCUGGCUAGACAACUUUUAGUCGAAUAUUCUGAUGUUUUACCGGAAAAGGUCCCGUUCAUGUCAGUUACAGAUUAAAGAUGCAUUAUGUAAGAGCUAAAUCUCCUUUCGUAGGUUUUUAUUUUGGCUUAAAAUGUUAAAUAAAUUAUUAUGUAGACAUGUAUUCACAUGGCCUAUAAUCAACCCUUUAGAACAUCGGAUGUCGGAGAUUUAAACAGACUGAAAUAUGAUCCUCAUUUAAUGAUUUAAUUAAUCAUGUUCCUACGAUAAUAAACUAUCUGCUCUACAUUUUCCAAGACCCGUAACUUCGCUCAGAAUAAAGUAAUUUGAAUGAAAUUUUCAAUAUAUUCAUUUUUAUUAUCUAUUUUUGAACUAUUAUAACAAGAACGACCGGCUCUUUAUAUAUAUAUUACGUAAUGCAUCUUUAAGCCACACAUUGCAAGAUAAAAUAUUAUUUUAAGCUGCGAGUGUGUGUAUAAUUUUUACAUUUCUCAUUUUUUUCUAAAGUGAGUGGUGUUGUGAAUAUAUUACCUUAAAUUAGAAACAAUGAUGUUGAAUCACUUCAAAGUGCCUUUUUUAAAACCAAAAUAGCGUCAACCUUCCAAACAUGAACAUAGUAUAUGAUCAUCCAAAACAAAGCCGUUAACACCAGCUUCCAAUCAUUUACUUGUAAUGCGAAGAAAUACGUUUUUGCACGAACGGGGAUAAUGAUGGUGUACUAACUUCAUGCACUGUGCUUUGGUGGACAUUUUGCUCUGACAGUGGCCUUUCAGCCUACUCUUCGUCGAAUUCCAACGGUUGUUUCACUUGCUUGUCAACGUUUACGCGAUUAGACUUCGAUUAGACCCCCUUUUCAUUUCCAGGUGUAACACCAGGACCUUAAUCAGCAACUGUCCAUAGAUCUUUCAUCCUCUCUAAAAGACAACACCCAAAAAAUUUCAAGCUAUUUUACUUUUUAUAAGACACUUUUAUUGUCAUAAUUUGUACUUAUUAAAGUAUUAU